UCUAGAGAUAUGCCCCCCAUGAAUGUUAUGCAGAUGCAGUCUCGAAUCUCCUGACGUACAGCAUGCGAACCAAUUAACUGUCGUGCACUCUAGUAAUGGUAAGAUUGAACUCCUUCCCCCUUUGCGACGCUCGGUGUGGUACUUUUGGUCUAAGUGCCAUCAUUACACCUCAAUCUGACGGGAAGGACUGAAUCAGUCCUCCUUGAUAACCACUCAAUUAAGGUACAUAACGUAGUCGACUAAUUCAUGUUCAUUCUUGGAACCUUGAUACUACUCUUGACAAAAUCCACUAAGAGACUAGCGCCGUCCUCCCAACAAGUUAUUUCCUUGGAACGUGCAAUCAUGACAUCAGAUGUUCUUUCCCAAGGAUUUGAUUCCGAGCUCAAGUCCCUCUCCCUUUGUAUUUCUUUUUCUCCUCUUUUACUUUUCCCUUUUCUCAACUACUUUCGACUGACGUCCGUGCAUGCACUGUACACAAGAAAAUUUUCUUCCUGAACGAGCCACCGGGCCCCACGCGGUCCGGUCUUGGCAUGACUCCCGGAUAGGCAUUUUACUGGUCGGAAGGGUCCCUAAUUGCCGUUCACGGCAUAUACUGUAGACGGGAACUGCUGACACACAAUCGGGUGAUUUGGCCUUCUGUCGUACAGCAUAAGUAUUUUCCAUUGAUGCUGAUAGGAAGCUAAGUCUUCUUACUCAUGUAAAUAGUACUCUGGAUGGAGAGGAAGUAUACAACCAAAAUUUCGGGUAUGCCUGGGAAGGAAUUUGUUCGCCAAUUUCUUUGUCUAAAAUUUUUUAUAUCCACUGCCUUAUCAUUCGGUCUGUGUAACGUUGGAUGCAUGCACCCUCUCAGUACCCACUUUCAAGUUUUCCAUCUAGACCUUUGCCCCAGUCCAUUGGCAUCCCAAGGUACCUACUAUCAACUCCGGUAUAUAGCUUCGCUAACCCCUGGGCCUACAUGGGUCGCGACCUAAAAUCUCAUCCCAAGCUCACUAUGCGCCGUCUGUGCACAUAAAUUUUAAAUUAUUUUCUUUCUAUUUUCAUAGUAACUAAUGUUUCAUGGCAAUAGAUGAAUCCUAUAGCCCAGGUUUCACAGCAGUGCUUCUUACCAGCCUUUGCGAAGAUGGUCGAAUUUUAAUUGUCACUGGCGUCGCGGAUAUCUCGAGUAAUUAAUAUAUAUUCAAACCCUAUCAAUAAUAGUUUUAUAGGUGUCGGGAAAAUAUUCUAGUCAGGUUAGGUAACAUUGCUCUCCGACUCGGCAGCGGAUUGGCCCUUAAGACUCAGGUUUCC